AUUUUAAUAUUAGUUAUAAUUUAUAGGGUUUUAAUAUAGAUUUGUAUUGUAUUACUUUUAAAUUUCCGGCGUAUUGAACAUAGGAAGGACGCACGAGCUGUUUCUGCUCCGGCCGCUCGCAUAUAUUAAGCCCUCCCCGCUCCCUUCUGGUCUCCUUCAACAAAGUAGUCUUCUAUUCAAUCUUCACGUUAUUCUCCACGUCUUAUUUUACUUCAUCAUGGCUAUCAUUGAGCUUGUCUUCCCUAAGGUGAAGAAUGACCCCGAAUCCAUCAAGGGUGCACAAGGGACCAUCCCUCUCGCUUUCAAGGCUCUAAAAGAUGGAGGUGUGCUACGAGGAGCAGCAGGUGCUAUUAUCUCGGAAAACGGGAAAGAUACCACCGGCGAAUUUAGAGAAUUCAUUGCUCUCGAAUGGCCUGAAUUAUCCUACUUCUACAAGUUCGUUGAAUCCCCUGGCUACGCAGAGUAUAAAGCCGCGGCACAACCCUUUUCAUCCGGACCACCGGACUUGAAUGUCUUUGAGACGAACCCCGGCGCGCAUCUAUUUGAUGGCCGUCCUAUCCUGGAUAUACUGCUCAUUAGCCCUAAGAAUGCGUCUGACGAUGAAGCGGCGGCUGUCUUGAAGAAGGUACAGUCGACGCUAGAGAAGAUCAGUGACACUGAGGGUGUGUAUGGAAGCUCCUUGAACCUUCCUCAGAAGAAGAUCACUAUCGUGAGAGCAAUUGCAGACAAGGCGGAAUUGGAUGCCGCGAAGAACGCCUCGGCGCGCCAAGAGAUCUUGAAGGAGAUCGGUGGCUUGGCCGAAGUGACCCAAUUGGUUGCCGAUGUUAAAGUGAUGCCCUUCUAGAAUGAUCAAAGAGAUCAACGACAUCAGAAGUAGUUAGAUUAGGUACUUCUACUAUUAUUUCUGAUAUUGAUUGUAGAAAACAAGAUCAUAAAUGAAGUAAUAUUUUAUUUGG